AUGGCGGAUCGGACCAACAAUAGCAGCAACAGCAAUCCAGCAACUGCCGUAGCCAAGCCGAUAUGGAUGAAGCAAGCUGAGGAAGCCAAGCUGAAGAAUGAAGCCGAGAAAGCCGCCGCCGCCAAAGCCGCUUUCGAAGCCACCUUCAACAAAAAUUUCCAACAACCUGAGCAUCCACAAUCUCCUUCCGGCGUUUCGUCGUCUGAUUCAGAUUCUGAGGAAAUAUAUCGGGAUAGUAACCGGCCGGCAGGGCCAGUGGACCCUGCAAAGUGCACGGCGCAAGGGGCUGGUAUUGCGGGCGGGUCGGCUUGCGUGGGGGCAACUUUUAUCGUGGUGACCAAGGAUACGGAGGGAAGAAAGGUGAUGCGCGGCGGGGCACAAGUGAAAGUGCGGGUUGUGCCCGGGGUUGGGGUUGGGGGAUCGGAGCAGGAUGGGAUUGUGAAGGAUAUGGGUGACGGGACUUACACUGCCACUUAUGUGGUGUCAAAGCGAGGGAAUUACAUGGUGAAUGUGGAGUGCAAUGGGAAGCCAAUUAUGGGCAGCCCUUUUCCUGUCUUUUUCAGCUCAGGAACUCCCACUGGAGGGCUUCUCGGCAUGGCCCCAGCAGCUUCAUUUUCGAAUUUAGUUAAUCAAACCAUGCCGAACAUGCCAAAUUAUUUGGGUUCUGUGUCUGGUGCAUUUCCUGGUUUGCUCGGAAUGAUUCCAGGCGUUGUUUCUGGAGCUUCAGGUGGUGCUGUUUUGCCUGGAAUUGGAGCUUCUCUAGGGGAAGUUUGUCGAGAGUACCUUAAUGGACAGUGUGCUAAAACUGAUUGUAAGCUCAAUCACCCCCCUCACAAUCUGCUGAUGACUGCUUUAGCUGCCACCAGCACUAUGGGAACUCUCAGCCAAGUGCCCAUGGCACCUUCUGCUGCUGCAAUGGCUGCUGCUCAGGCAAUUGUUGCUGCUCAAGCCCUUCAAGCCCAUGCUGCUCAGGCCCAUGGUCAAGCUCGGCCCACAAAAGGGUCUUCUGGGUCAUCUGACGAGGAAAAGGCUGACUCCCUGAAAAAAACUGUGCAAGUUAGCAAUCUCAGCCCACUUCUAACAGCAGAUCAGUUGAAACAGCUCUUUGCUUUUACUGGCACAGUUGUUGACUGUACUAUCACUGAUUCAAAACACUUUGCUUACAUAGAAUACUCAAAACCUGAAGAAGCAACUGCUGCUUUAGCAUUGAACAAUAUGGAAGUUGGAGGACGUCCAUUGAAUGUUGAAAUGGCAAAAUCGCUUCCUCCAAAGCCUGUUUUAAAUUCACAAUCAUCUUUGCCGAUGGUGAUGCAGCAAGCUGUUGCCAUGCAACAGAUGCAAUUUCAGCAGGCUUUGUUAAUGCAACAGACACUGACUGCUCAGCAGGCAGCUAAUCGAGCAGCAACCAUGAAGUCUGCAACAGAUUUAGCUGCAGCUAGGGCUGCUGAAAUAAGUAAGAACUUGCAACCUGAUGGAAUUGUCGCUAAGGACAAGGAAUCAGAAAGAAAAUCUAGGUCACCGUCUGCUGAUCAUGCCAGGCCAAGGUCCAAGUCAAGAUCUCCUGUCGGUUAUCGUAGGAGUCGUAGGUCACUCUCUUUCUCACCACCACCCCGCAGAGCCAGAGAUUAUAGAUCCAGAUCACCAGUAAGAUCUCACCAUUACUCUAGCUAUGAAAAAGAUCGGAGAUCCUUCAGAGAUGGCAGUGAUAGAAGGAGGCAACACGAAUCACAUAGAUCGUAUGAUCGCCGCUCUCCUUUUUCCAGGAAAAAUAGGAGUAGGAGUGUGAGCCCUCGAACUAAGAAAUCAAAUCGAGAUGAUUCAGAAUCACCACCACGCCGCCGAGAAAGUCCAGCAGAGAGGACAAGGAAAUUAGCUCGUGCUGAUUCAAGAUCUCCUCGACAUCACAGGAGAAGGUCGCCAUCCUCAAAAGAUGAUGUAAGCAGACCAAUACAUAGAACACGCUCUAGGUCAAGGUCUGUUGAAUUUAAGCAUCAGUCUAGUGAUAAGAUAGAUGAUAACAGAGAAGAAAGUUCCAUGCAUCGGGUUAGGAGGCGCAACAGAUCAGUGUCAUCGGAGGAUCAGAGUCACAGACAAGGUAAAUUAUCUGGAAGAGCUUCAGAUGAAAGCAAAUUGAAAAAACACAGAAGACGUUCCAGAUCCAGAUCUGUGGAGAAUAAAUAUAGCUCUACUCAUAAAUUGGAUAGGAGGAGAGGAGAGAAAUCGAGACACCAUGAAACAAGGCGGUCCAGGUCAAGGUCCACAGAAGGAAAGCGACGUAAAUCCAGUAAGACUUCUCCAAAACGGUCCGAUGAUCGCAAAUCCAAACACCGAAAGCGCUCUAGGUCAAAAUCUGCAGAAAAUAAUCAUAAUAUCAAUGAUAUCGGUCUUGGGGUAAGUAAAGAUGAAGAUAUAAGUGAGACGCCCGUGAAAUCUAAAGAUGCCUAUGUGGAAAGUGAUACCAACUUGAAGAAUUCCAUGACUGUGAAGUUUGAUGAGGAUGGAAGUUAUGGAGAUCCAACUGUGCCUGUUUUUAGCAAACUUCUUAAUGAGCUUGAUGUAUGCUGGAUUAUAACCUCUCUAUCAGUAGGUGUUGAGGCUGCCGCUCUCUCCUUAAACCCUUCUCUUUUUUCAGGUUAUUGUGCAAAUGGCAUUCUGCAGCAAAAUGGGAACCCUGCUGAGGCGUAG